AUGGCCCUGGUCCACACCCCCCAAGAGGCACUGAUCUGGACCUUGAGUGAUCUUGAGGAGAAAAGCUUCAAGCUAUUCAAGUUCCACUUACGGGACAGAAGCCUGCCUGAGGGGCAGCCGAAGCUGGCUCGGGGGGAGCUGGAGGGCCUGAGCCCCGUGGACCUGGCUUCUUUGCUGAUUUCACUCUACGGCGCACAGGGGGCAGUGAAGCUGGUGUUCAGGGUCCUGAAGGUCAUGAACCUGUUGGAGCUAGCAGACCAGCUCAGCCGCAUCUGUCUGAAUGCCCCGCCCAUAGUGGUAUUACAGGGGUCUGCUGGCACUGGAAAAACAACACUGGCCAGAAAAAUGGUGCUGGACUGGGCCACUGGCUCCCUCUACCCAGGCCAGUUUGAUUAUGUCUUUUAUGUCAGCUGCAGAGAAGUGGUCCUGUCACAGGAGGGCACAUUGGAUCAGUUCCUCUUCUGGUGUUGUGGGGACAACCAAGCGCCUGUGGCAGAGAUAUCGAGGGAACCAGAGCGGCUGCUGUUCAUCCUGGAUGGCUUUGAUGAGCUGCAGAGGCCCUUUGCAAAGGGCUUGAAGAGGCUGAGUCUGAGUCCCCUGGAGAAAAUGCUGCACUGUCUAAUUAGGAGAGAGGUGCUUUCCACAUCUUCACUUCUUAUAACCACCCGGCCCCAGGGUUUGUGGAAUCUGAAGCCCUUGCUGAAACAGCCACAUCAUAUUCACAUCUUAGGCUUCUCUGAGGAUGAGAGGAGGAGGUAUUUCAGCUCCUAUUUCAUGGAUGAGGAGCAAGCCAAAAAUGCCUUUGACAUUGUACAAGGGAAUGAGGUUCUCUACAAAUCAUGUCAGAUUCCAGGCAUUUGCUGGCUGGUCUGCUCCUGGUUGAAGGGGCAGAUGGAGAGGGGCAGUGAGAUCUCAGAGACUCCCAGUAAUAGCACCGACAUCUUCAUGGCCUAUGUCUCCACCUUCCUGCCACCCAGUGACAAUGGAGGCAGCUCUGAGUUUACCCGGCACAGGGUCCUGAGGGGUCUGUGCUCCUUAGCAGCUGAGGGGAUCCAGCACCAGAGGUUCAUGUUUGAAGAAGCUGACCUCAAGAAGCACAAUUUAGAUGAGACCAGGCUUGCUGCUUUCUUGAGCAGCAUGGAUUACCAAGAGGGACUUGACAUCAAGAAGUUCUAUACCUUCUGCCACAUUAGCCUCCAGGAAUUUUUUCAUGCCAUGUCCUACCUGGUGAAAGAGGACCAGAGUCAGCUGGGGAAAGAGUCCUGCAGAGAAGUGAACAGGCUUCUAGAUGAGGAGGGGCAGGCAGGGAAUGAGGAGAUGACACUGAGUAUGGGGUUUUUAUUGGACAUGUUGAAAAAAGAGACCUCCUCGAGUUUUGAGCUAAAGUUCUCCCUCAAAAUUUCUCCCUUGGUCAAGCAGGAUCUGAAGCAUUUUAUAGAACAAAUGGAAUCUAUAAAGUAUAACAGGACCUGGGAUUUGGAAUUAUCUCUGUAUAAGUCUAAAAUAAAGAAUCUGGUAAAGGGCGUUCAGCUGAGCGAUGUAUUGUUUAAGAUGGAACAUUCAAAUAAAAAGAAAUCCCACGGCAAGAACCCAUUUUUUAUCAAAAUCAACUGGAAAGAAAAACAAAAAUGUCCUGUGGUGGGCAAAGAUGAUAGAGCAAAGGCUCACAAGGAGGCUUCUAAUGGAAAAGGCAGAUGAAUGAGAGACGUAGAGGGUAGUGGUGGGGGUAGGGACCGGAGGAUAGGGGAAGACGGAGUGUAAAAAGGAAUGGAGAGAUGAGAGAUUACACUAAUGGGCACUAGGAGAAGAGGGGCAGAAGAGCAAACAGAAAAGAAAAUUGGAUAAUAGAGGAUCAGAAAACUUGGAACAUAGGACGUGGGAAAGUCCAUGUGGAAUGAGUUCCCAUGAACAACCACAUUCACUGUCAACGGCUCAAAAUCAGUUAUUUAAAAUUCCCUCCUCCUAGAGGCUGUUUAUAACCUCCUAUACUGUAGAGUUUCGGUAACCCCUCUUAUAUGUCAAUGUCAGUGACCAAAUAUGUGAUUUGACUUUGUAUAAAAUAAACUUCUUUUAAAAAAUUUUAAAA